AGUGACACCGCAGUGAACCGUAGAAGAAGAAGAAGAGCAGGCCAGUCCAAUUCUCCAUCUUGUGUUUAGAUCUGAUCAAAACAUCUCAGGAAUCGGCAAGGCGUACAAAGCUAACAAAUUAUCGCCCAUCAUGGGAGCCGUGCUGGGCUUGUGCUCCAUGGCGAGCUGGAUUCCUUGUCUGUGCGGCAGCGCCCCCUGCCUGCUGUGUAGCUGCUGUCCGAGUGGCAACAACUCCACCGUGACUCGCCUGGUCUACGCCUUCUUCCUGAUGCUGGGAGUGGGCGUGGCCUGCAUCAUGCUCAUGCCAGGCAUGGUGGGACACCUGAAGAAGAUCCCAGGAUUCUGCGAGGGAGGGAUGGGUUCAUCCAUUCCUGGUGUGGAAGGUCAUGUCAACUGUGAUGUGCUGGUGGGCUACAAGGCUGUGUACCGCGUUUGCUUUGGAAUGGCCAUGUUUUUCCUUCUCUUUUCUCUGCUGAUGAUCAAAGUCAAGAGCAGCAAGGACCCCCGAGCUUCUCUGCACAACGGAUUUUGGCUCCUGAAGUUUGCAGCGGCUGUUGCCAUCAUCGUUGGGUCUUUUUUCAUCGCAGAAGGUCCCUUCACAACUGUGUGGUUCUACAUCGGGAUGGCGGGGGCAUUCUGCUUCAUUCUUAUCCAGCUGGUUUUACUCAUUGACUUCGCCCACUCCUGGAACGAGUCUUGGGUGGAGAAGAUGGAGGAGGGUAACUCUCGCUGCUGGUAUGCAGCACUCUUGUCCGUCACGGCCCUCAACUACGUGCUGUCUCUGGUGGCCCUGGUCCUCUUCUACGUCUACUACACCCACUCUGAUGGAUGCACCGAGAACAAGGUCUUCAUCAGCAUCAACAUGCUGCUCUGCGUGGGGGCCUCCGUUACCUCCAUCCUGCCUCAAAUCCAGGAGUCCCAGCCCAGGUCUGGCCUGCUGCAGUCCUCCGUGGUGACCUUGUACACCAUGUACCUUACCUGGUCCGCCAUGACCAACGAGCCUGACAGGAAGUGCAACCCCAGCCUCCUGAGUAUCAUCGGGCUGAACGCCACCACCACCGAGAGCCAGGACCAAGUGGUUGAGUGGUGGGAUGCCCAAGGCAUCGUGGGAUUGAUCCUCUUCCUCAUGUGUGUCCUGUACUCCAGCAUCCGCAACUCGUCCAACGCCCAGAUGAACAAGCUGACGCUGACCAACGACGAAUCGGCCCUGAUCGAAGACGGGCCCCAGGGGGCGGACAGCUCGGAGGAGGACGGCGGCCUGAACCGUGCCGUGGACAACGAGAAGGAUGGCGUCACCUACUCCUACUCCUUCUUCCACUUCAUGCUCUUCCUGGCUUCUCUCUACAUCAUGAUGACGCUCACCAACUGGUACAGUCCUGAUUCCAACUACAUGGUGAUGACCAGCAAGUGGCCGUCCGUGUGGGUGAAGGUGUCGUCCAGUUGGAUCUGCAUGGCGCUCUACGUGUGGACGCUGGUGGCGCCUCUUGUCUUAGUCAACAGGGACUUUGACUGAGAAAUGUACACACACACACACACACACGCACACACACACACACACACGCUCCCAUCCUAAGCUUGACCUGGUUUCUUUGCCGUAGGUGACGUCUCUAACUGGUAUUGCUUCUUCCUGUCCCUCCUCAGCACUGUUGCAGUGCUUCCUCCCAUUGUACUAACAGUAUGUACUUUAUGGUAGUAGCAGUGUUUGUAGUACUACAGUAGUAGCAUGUAAUACUGUAUUCACUUUGUUCUCACUAGUAAAAAGUGUUGCAUGAUUUUUAGCAGACAUGAAUUCAUACAUUUAAUACAACUCUACAGCACAAGUGUGUGUGUGUGUGUGUGUGUGUGUGUGUGAAAUGUAAAACACACACACACACACACACACACACACACACACACCUGGUUGUGCUUUUUGAUGUACAAUGGAAGUGUUUUGUGUUAAGUUAUUUCUUGUUUCCGUUUCCACACUUGAUGCUGACUUUUGACAAAGUAUUCUAACUUGAUGGCAGCCAAAAGUAAUAAAGAUGAAAAGAUUUGAA